UCGUCGCGCCGCCGGGGCUGCUGCGGGCCAAGGAGGAGCCUCGCUCCCGCGCCGCCACCUGGAGAAGUGGCGGACCACGGAAGGGAAGGUGGCCGGUCGCUGGCAGGCGCCACCGCGGCCGCGCAGGGGAGCUUGCUUUUGUUUGGGGGGAAAGAAUGCUCAGGGCUCGCUGCACUCGGCGGCUCACGGGCUGGGGCAUGCGAGCGUGGGCUACCCACGCGCGGGCUGCGCCCCAGGUCCGGUGCCCGGCCCAGUCUUCCCCACUCUCAAGUUGUGCGGUCGCAACAGGGAAGUGGUGUGGCCGCCAUUGUCGCAGCUGCUCCGGAAUAAGGAGGCGGCUGCGGCUGCUUAUGUAAGUUUGCUUUGGGAAAGCCUGGCUCCCUGCUCGGUGAGGGAGCCUUAGCGCUCCCGCGAUUUGGAGAACUGCUUGCUAGCAAGGAGCUGCUUUAUGGUGUUGUAGGUGUUGGACCGUGUCUUGUCCCACACCUACUUACACACAUACUGGCAAUGGCUAUCUUCCGGUUUGACUCUUUUGAACUUAGCAAUGGGAACAUCUCUAUAGGGGAAAAAAAACCGAGCCGAUUGGCCCGUGACCUCCUUUGAAAAAGAAUACACACUAACCAGAAAUGAGGAGCUGCACGCUGAUAUGUUGCCAUGGCUACUGUAGGGCCACUCUUCCCCAAGUGCCGUGCCCCUUUGAUUCCACAGUUAGUGACAGCAGAAUUGUCACUAGAGAUUCUGAAGGGAGUUCCCUCCCUCAGCCCGACUGCAGGCCCAGGCUGCAUCUGGAAUACAGGAAGGCUGAGAUGAAGAAUGGAGCAUCCUUAGAAAUCCCAUCUUACCAGCCCUCACAUAGUACAGAUGAGAAAGCCUGCUAGUUCAGAGCUCUGUGGUCCCUAUUGCAGGAACUUGUUUCGGGUCUUUUGGUGGAGUCUGGCGCCAAGUCUUUGUGUAGGACUGGACAGCCACCUGCUUCUACAGACUUCUGUAUUUGUGGGAUUAGUGGGCAGUAGAGGAUGUUUUUGUUCUUUAUUGGUCUGCAGGCAGUAGCGGGAUCUCUUUAGAUGAGAGUUAAGCAUCAAGGAAAAUUCUUUGAACCUUCCAAUAGGGAGGGAUAGAGGGGAAAGGGUGGGCUUUCUCCACCACCGCAGUCUUUCGGACAGUUUGUCCUUGUAUGCACAAAGUAGCAUACUUACCCCUUCCCCUAACUGCUGGGUGUGUGUCUCCUACAGCCCUUCCUAUAUUUAGACGUUUAUAGAUCCUAAUGGGAGAUGUGGAGAACUGUGUGCCCAACAGGAAAUGGUGGGGGCUAAGGAACACACAGUGAGGUUUUCAGAAUCUGUGUCACCUGCCACACUUGUAGGCCUUGUGUAGAACCAGGCCUGAUUACUGCUGGCGCCGCGGCCCCCCCCCCACCCGGUUUCUUCCCAGAAAAAUGGGUUCAUAUGCAAGAGGUGGAACAGUGUCUUACUUAGUCUUUAUCUUUUCCCGGCAGAUCUGGCUUGCCUCUGAUCAGACUUACUCUGAUCUGAAGAUUUCGGAGUUCAAGGCAUUAAGAAAAUAGCCUGAAUUGUUCAUGGAGUUUUUCAUCAGUAUGUCUGAAACCAUAAAGUAUAAUGACGACGAUCAUAAAACACUGUUCCUGAAAACGCUGAAUGAACAGCGCCUGGAAGGAGAAUUUUGUGAUAUCGCCAUCGUGGUUGAAGAUGUAAAGUUCAGAGCCCAUCGGUGUGUUCUCGCUGCCUGCAGCACCUACUUUAAGAAGCUUUUCAAGAAGCUGGAGGUGGAUAGUUCCUCGGUCAUAGAGAUAGAUUUCCUCCGCUCCGACAUAUUUGAAGAGGUCCUGAACUACAUGUACACAGCCAAGAUUUCCGUGAAAAAGGAGGAUGUUAACUUGAUGAUGUCGUCAGGUCAGAUACUGGGUAUCCGGUUUUUGGAUAAACUCUGUUCUCAGAAGCGGGACGUGUCUAGUCCUGAUGAGAGUAACGGCCAGUCCAAGAGUAAGUACUGCCUCAAAUUAAACCGCCCCAUCGGAGAUGCCGCUGACGCCCAGGAUGAUGACGUGGAAGAAAUCGGGGAUCAGGAUGACAGCCCUUCCGAUGACACCGUAGAGGGCACACCCCCCAGUCAGGAGGAUGGCAAGUCUCCCACAACUACUCUCCGGGUUCAGGAAGCGAUUUUGAAAGAGCUGGGGAGCGAGGAAGUCCGCAAAGUGAACUGCUACGGCCAGGAAGUAGAAUCCAUGGAGACUCCUGAGUCCAAAGAUUUGGGGUCUCAGACCCCUCAGGCCUUAACAUUUAAUGACGGGAUGGGUGAAGUGAAAGACGAACAGACCCCGGGCUGGACCACGGCUGCCAGUGACAUGAAGUUUGAGUAUUUGCUUUACGGUCACCAUCGGGAGCAGAUUGCCUGCCAAGCCUGUGGUAAGACGUUUUCUGACGAAGGCAGGUUGAGGAAGCAUGAGAAGCUCCACACCGCAGACAGGCCGUUUGUCUGCGAAAUGUGUACAAAAGGAUUCACCACCCAGGCCCACCUGAAAGAACACCUGAAAAUCCACACCGGGUAUAAGCCCUACAGCUGCGAGGUGUGUGGGAAGUCCUUCAUCCGGGCCCCGGACCUAAAGAAACACGAGCGGGUUCACAGCAACGAGAGGCCGUUCGCGUGUCACAUGUGUGACAAGGCCUUCAAACACAAGUCUCACCUCAAGGACCACGAGAGGAGACACAGAGGGGAGAAGCCUUUUGUGUGUGGCUCCUGCACCAAGGCGUUUGCCAAGGCCUCGGAUCUGAAGAGGCAUGAGAACAAUAUGCACAGUGAGAGGAAACAGGUCACCCCCAGUGCCAUCCAGAGCGAGACAGAACAGUUGCAGGCGGCAGCCAUGGCCGCCGAGGCCGAGCAGCAACUGGAGACAAUCGCCUGUAGCUAGAGGGGAUGAUGGGUCAGAAACACUUGGCCUGGGAGGUUGACGCCGAGGUGGCAUGGAUCAUGGUCACCGGAACACCUUUGACUGCUUUUGUGGCAACUUAAAAGUGUUGUGCUGGCUGGACCCAAGGCAGUGCUCACUCCAGUUAGGUGAUUUUCAAAUUUCUCAAGGCAGUUAACGUUCCUGCGUCCUGACCAAACAGUUUAUUUUUUUAUUUUUUUGGGUUUUUUUUUGUGUGUAUGUGUGUGGUGUCUAGUAUUCAUGUUCCCAGUAAGCUCCCCUGCCCUUCUUUGUGGUUUUAAUUUGAAAACCCCCUUGUCCCGUUCAAAGUGAGCGGCUUCUGUUCCAUUCUUCAUUUCUCUACACUUGCCAAGGUGGUGAGUGCACUGCAGAGUACUUGGAUAAAUUGGUUUCCUAAUCGUCCCAAUGUAUGUGACUUGCGGUCCAAACAGCAGUUUUAAUAACUGGAUACAAGAACUUCAUGUUGAUGCAGAAAACGUUGGCACAUGCUGAUCCAGAACACUGUAUGAGUACAAAACCAAGUUUGGAAACACGGAAUGGUGUUAGUUUUAUAUUUGGUUUGUUGAUUUUUUUAAAAAAUACCGACAUAUCAUUGUUUUUACUGUUUCUGUGGACAAUAAUGGUUGCUUUGUUGAAGUGUUUCUUCAUCCAUUGUGAUGGCCCCUGUACCCACCCCAAAUGCUGCAGGCCGUGUGUACCUCAGGGUGAGUGAGACCACCGGGGGGCUGGUAGUGCUGAGACUGAGUUCCUCUUUUGUCCAGUGUGGCCACUCUACCUGUGGGUGUCUGUGGAGUGAACCCGUAGUGAGAAAAGGAGAAAAAUCUCUGAGACAAGGUUUUCACAGAUACAAAAACCCUGAGAUUUCCUAAGUCUUCAGAUCCUGAAUGAUUUCAAAAUUGGUUUUGUAUUUAAGAUCAAAAUUAGGACAAGAAACAAAAUGCUUCUUGAGAUGUCUUUGUGGUUUACGGAUGAUCAAGCUCUGGGCUCUCUGCAGCAGCACUCAGUUUCUCCUAAAGAAGAUGCUGAAAUUUAAAACCUUUGGAGUGUGUAAAUAGUAGUGUUGGUCCUGUGUGUUUCAAGGAAAAGGACAGCUGCACUUUUUUUUUCUUUUUUCUUUCUUUUUCUCUUUCUUUUUUUUUUCUUUUUUGCACAUUGGAUUAAAGUACCUUUCAUUGGCAUCAGACAUCAGACUGUCUUAACUGAUACUAAAGUUAAAGAUCAUCAGACCAAAUGUUUAUGUUUUCCAAGUAUGUUUUAUCACUGGCUACGGUUUUCUAUAGAGGCUGACUACCUUUUCAUAGCCAUAAAUCAGAAUUAUGAACUUUGUUUAAGAUCCAGCAUACUAAAUGUGAUUUUAACUAUUUCCUUAGGAAUAUAUUGAAACGCCAACAGAGUUUGAAUUAUGUUCUGUAAGAAAGUACUAGACGAUUGUUUUAGGAUAUGUACAGUUGUAGAAAGUGCCAACUUUUAAAGUUCAUGUUUGGUUCUUAAGAUUUUCUUUUUUAAAAAAAAAAUUACAUUAAAAAUUUCAUUACAUGGCUUGCUGUAUUAUCACCUGCUACUACUAUUGUGAGAAAAAUUUUAUUUUCCAAAUUGGUGUAUGUGUUAUGCCCAAGAUUGUCAGAUGGGGAUGCUACCUUUUAAAUUUUCUUAUUUAUUGGUAAAAUGUUUUGGUUUAAAAUUAAUUAUUUUUCCUGAAAGCUCUUUGUUCUGUACUGAAGGCAGCCCUGUCAGUGGGUUUCUGUGCUCGUAGGAGCGGGCCGACUGCUGUUCCCAGGCUGUGUUGACCAAAGCAAAUGUGAAAUCAGCUGACGUCCUGUUGAUAGCUACUUCAACAAACCAUAUUUUGGGCCUUUGUUUUUGUAUAUAAAGAAAAUAAUAGACUUGU